AUGUCGCGAAAUCUUUUACCAUUUCUUUACCAAACUCGAACUUUGCAAUUUGCAUUUCGCCGUCCUUCGACUAUUUUAGUUACCCAGAGGGCCGGUGUGGCAACUGAAACAAAACGCCCCAGAAGGAUCGAUAAUUCCAUUCCUUUCGAGUUUGACGAUGAAGAGCAAGCAAAUGCUCAUGCCUCGGAUAUUGAGCAAGAGGGCACUCUGACACCCUCAGAGACUGAGAUCUUCAAAAGCAUCUUUGAUGAUAUCUCUCACGCUCGCUUGCCACAAAACAAGAAGCCUCAGUUGGAUCAACAGCAACCGAGAGAUGCAUACCCAUCGACUGGAUAUGGCGCAGAAAGGCGAUCAGGAAACACACUGGUUGAGAAAGCCCGCGGUGCAAACUUUAGCGAAGAUUUCCUUAAGCGUUACCCAUCUUCAUUGCGAAGAGCUGCUGAGAAUGCUCUUGGCAAGUUCGAGCUUGCACCCAAACGUCCUAACUUGUACAAUAUGACUGAGUUAGACAAGGCAGAGAAGAAGCAGUUGCAAGAAUGGGCGAAGUAUGAGAGUUUGAGGGAACGUGAAAGGUCGAGAGUAGAGAAGCUCAUGCAGGAUUGUCAGACUGACGCUGAGCUUUGGGAGGUUUUGGAGAAGGAGGUCUUUUCAUUGCCAGAGAAAUUGGGGAUUCACGAGCAGAAUAAGACUGCGCAAAAGAUCCGCAAGCUUAAAAAGAAGGCUAAGGCGCAGGACAAUGAAGCAGUUAUGGAUGUCCAUGGGUAUUUGUACUCUCACUACCUAAACUACGGCCUCAACCUUCUCGACACCGGAUUUCCGAAACCAUCCAUCCUUGCCUUCAACAUCCUCCCUCGAAUCAAGAAACUUGGACUCUCCUCCUAUGUUCUUGGAGUAUCAACGCCACUUUUUAUCAAGCUCGCCGAAAUUCAUUGGAAGCGGUACGGCGAUGCCACCUCAGCCUUCGACGUCCUCGACGAGAUGAAGCCCUUGGGCUUGUUCCCGACCGAGAAACUUGGGGAGCUUGAGGAGUUGAUCGAACAGAUCUCAGAUCACCUGCACAGCUGCACUUGGGGCGCACAGGGCCCUUUCGUUAUGGCUACGAUGCAGGCACCUCCCUUUGAUGCCACUCUUACGAGCCGUCUUGGACGUAUGAAGGGACUUAUUGCAAAGAAACAAUUUUAUAACGAGAGAGAUGGUCGAGGCGAAGAUGAAAUCUGA